AUGAUGGUUACUCAGCCUCGCCGCGUUUCAGCAAUAUCUUUGGCUCGAUACGUAGACAGAUGCAUGUCACCACAUUGUCGUCAUGGGACGGCAGCAUAUUCUGUUCGCUUUGAAAGUACCGUUACUCCUCAUACGCAAAUUACAUAUGCCACAGAGGGGAUUUUGCUUAGGAUGCUCAUAGAUGCAAUGAAAGGCGAUGAAGGGGCGAUAGACAUAAUCCGCAAAUAUACCGUCUUCCUGAUUGAUGAAGUACAUGAGAAGACAAUCAAUUCAUAUAUUAUUUUGUUUCUCCUUUGCAUUUUCAAAGGGCCCAAGAUCCUCAUCUGCUCUGCAACUGCGGAGACGGAGGCAUUAAAGAAAUAUGUGCAGCAAUUGAGCAAGAGCGUAGCUGCACUACAUGUUUGUGGCAAGACCUUUCCGGUAAAAGAGGUCUAUUACGAGGAUUUAUACCCAUCUGCACUUACGGAGCUUAAUAGUAGCUUCUUUGGCCCACAGGGCUUCCUUGAGAAAUGCAUAUCAGUCGUCCAAUACCUGAUUGACAAUCAUGCACACACACCACUGGAUGGUGCCACAGCAGGAUCAUACCUGGUAUUUCUACCAGGGAAGCAAGAAAUUCACACGGCCAUUUCAAUGCUCAAUAUGGCAGAACGUAACAAACAGAGAGAUGGCUCAACAUACAAACUACUCCUACUACAGUGUUACUCUGGGCUGCCUGAUGGGUCUAUCCAACUGCUCUUUGACGCGCCUCCACCGGGGACAAUAAAAAUUAUUUUCGCUACGAAUGUUGCAGAGACGUCCAUAACCAUUCCAGAUGUAACGGUUGUGGUGGACUCCGGCUACUGCAAACAAAUGAUGUUUGACACAGAGACAGGAUACUAUCGCUUGGUCACAAAACGGAUAUCGAAAGCUCAGGCAGUGCAAAGAAAGGGCCGUGCAGGACGCGUACAAAAGGGAGCUGUAUAUAGAGCGUACACGCGGGCUAUAUAUGCAUCUCUUGAAGCCCAUAUCGAGCCAGAGAUACUCCGGUGCGACCUUUCGUCUUCCACCUUGGCGCUCCUAACAGCAGGCUUCAGAAUUGAAGACUCCUGGCUCUUAGAUAGACCACCCGUUACAGCUAUGGAGGCAGCUUACAGAUACCUAUACUCCCUUGGAGCUAUAUCUGACUCCAUGGCCCUGACACCAAUAGGGAUGUGUCUAUCAAAAAUACCCGAAGAUCCUAGGUUGGGGUCUGUACUUUUUGAAGCAGCCUCUCGCGGAACUUUGACCCCAUGCGCCAGAAUUGCUGCUGCCCUCUCUGUGCUCCAGAAUGAGCAUAGUUUCUUAAUCUCUACUGCCACAGGGCCACCGGAACAGCAAGGGAUAACCUUUGGGGGCUCACAAGGUGAUCACUUGCUUCUUUUAAAAAUCCUGGAUGCUUAUGCUGAGCUGAAGAAAGACCGAAUAAUUAGAGAGGAGUGGGCCAGGAGACAUAGGCUAAGAGAACAAAAGAUAAUUGAGGCUCUUCAACUGGCAGAGAAGUAUAUCGGCUUAUUAGCUGCGCUGACUGAGGUGCCAAAUCCAGGUACAUCUAAAUCAUCAUACGAUCGGGCCCUUACCAGUACAACAAGUGAGAUCUUACUUCCUUUCAUCAAAGCAGGGCUAUAUAACGUACUUAGGCGCAACAGCUCUGGCCCAAGUGUAACGUACAGUAGGCUAAGCAAAGAGGACAAUUCAGAGGAGAUUCUUAUCCACCUGUCAAGCUGCUUAAGGAACAGUGCCAACAGGUUCAUUAUUUGCGAAACUAUUCUCAGCACAACUGCUCUAUAUGCAUGCGUCUGUAGUCCUGUAUCUGCUAAGGCAUUAGCAAUGCUAUUUCCACACAUGCUAGAGGUAUAUCGCGAACACCCAAAAAAGUGUUCUAUCAAGUGCUAG